AAUUUAAAGUGCGUCUGACGAGGUAAACGAUGAAAAACGUUGUCUCGAGGAACAUACUUUGUUGGUAUUUGUCUUCUAUAAUAAGAAUACGUCCAAUUUUCCUACUGCCUCGAUUAUGACUAAGCAAAGCUAAAACCAAAACCAAAACCAUAUCUAUAUGUUUCCUCCAGUGACCAUACAUAUUCAUAUGUGCGCUUCAACACUUUCCCUUUUUCUUUGUUUCACCUUCUGUUUGGAAUCCGAGAAAAGCACUUCAGUAAUCAAAAGUAGCAAACCAGAGAAUUCAACCUUGCAAGUUUUACAGUGAAAAUCGAUGGGAAAUACUUCAUCUAUGCUAACUCAAUAUGACAUUGAAGGAGUUCAAGAACACUGCAAUCAUCUAUUUUCUCAGCAAGAAAUAGUAUCCUUGUAUCAAAGAUUUUGUCAACUCGAUCGAAAUUCAAAAGGUUUUAUUUCUGCUGAUGAGUUUUUAUCGGUUCCUGAGUUUGCAAUGAAUCCACUUUCUCAGAGACUGCUUAAAAUGGUGGAUGGAUUGAACUUCAAGGAUUUCGUGGCUUUCUUAUCUGCAUUUAGCACAAAAGCUAGUUUUCAUCAGAAAGUUGAAAUUAUCUUCAAGGUAUAUGAUACUGAUGGUAAUGGCAAAGUGUCUUUCAAUGACAUCCUAGAAGUGUUGCGCGAUUUGUCUGGUUCUUUCAUGUCAGAUGAGCAAAGAGAGAAAGUCUUGAUCCAAGUUUUGCAAGAGACAGGUUACACAAGGGAAUCUUAUCUGAUGUUGGAUGAUUUCGUUAAGAUUCUUGGUAGUACUGGCCUAAAAAUGGAGGUUGAAGUGCCCAUUGACUAAGUCGAGAUAGAUUCAUAGCAAUUCAAGCUGGAAAUCUGAAGUGAAAAGUGAGCAGUUGUUUUCAUCUUCAGAACACAUUCAAUCAAGAUGGAAGCAUACAGCUUUUCUAUAUAGUUUUUUUUCUUUUAUAGUAGGAAUUAUCAACCAUUGUAUGUACCAGUGUAAAGUGUCCAAGUUUCCAUGUUUCCAAUGCAAGAGAUUGUGUGGACUGCCAAUGCCAUGAGAUUCUUGUCAAUGAAAAGUGCCAUUAUUAGUUCUCUUUCUUCCAUCA